AUGUACUCUCCACACUUAACUCCUUACAGGCUAGGGACCAACGUCACCCUCCACUAUAUAAGAAAUCAACAAAGUCAAGCAGGCACUACAUCAACCUUGGCAUCACUGCAUCGAGACCAUUUCCGAGCUCCCCUUGUCAUCUCCGACUCAGUGGAGUCUAUUGAGAAAACCUCUCAGGCGCUCAAGAUCCUCAAGCACAUCGACGCCGACUCUAACGUCGAGAAGGCGAAGGACUCUGUUGCCAUCUGCCCUGACAAGGGUAAGAUGUGCAACCGCCGCUACAUCAACUGUAAGGGCCCGCUCAUUGUCUAUGGCACCAAGGGCUCCAAGAUCGUCAAGGCCUUCCGCAACCUCCUCGGUGUGGAUGUUGCCAACGUCGAGUGCCUUAACCUGCUCAACCUCACCCCUGGUGGCCACCUCUGGCACUUUGUGAUUUGGACCGAGAGCGCGUUCAAGAAGCUUGAAGAGGUGUAUGAAUCCUUUGAUGCGCCUUCGCAGAAGAAGAAGGGCUUCGUGCUACUGAGGCCCAAGAUGGCCAACGCUGACCUGGGUAGGAUCGUCAACUCUGAUGAGGUGCAAUAUGUGGUGAAGCCACUCAACAAGGAAGUGAAGCGCAGGGAGAAGAGGAAGAACCCGCUCAAGAACAUGGUUAUCGUGCUCAAGCUCAACCCCUACCUCAGCACUACCCGCAAGAUGGCCAUCCUUGCUGAGGCUGCUCACGUCAAGGCCAGGAAGGAGAAGCUUGACUCCAAGAGGACCAAGCUCAGCAUGGAGGUUGACAAGGUCAAGGCUGCUGGAAAGGCAUGGUACAAGACCAUGAUCUCAGACAGCGACUACACUGAGUUUGAAAACUUCUCAAAGUAG